CCCCAGGCGUACAAUUGCUCCCAUGACUUCUUCAGGUCAUAACUUCAGUCAGAGGGACGGCCCCAAUGAUAGUCCUCCAACACUUGUCACCAUCAGUAAUCGGAUAGCAGAUCUGGAGGAUGAACAGAAAGACCUACGCGACGAGCUCGAGGACCUACGUGGUGAAUUUCAGAACCUUUUUCGAACUGUUGGACAUAAGCAGGAUGAUACGGCCAUCGUUCAGUAUCAUGACACAGCUGGAACAGAGUCCUCUUUAUCUGGGAACAUGGUUCGUGGAGUGAAGGAUCGAGUCUUAGACGGACCCUCUGCAACCCAAGUGACCACCCACCUCAACCCAAAACCGGCCCAGUCCCUCAAUAACGACACUUCUACCAAUGGAGCCGACUGCAACCGCAUGUUCAUACCUCCUCAUCUUCGUAAAUCCAACGGCAGUGCCUCUGCCAACGAAGCCACAAAUCAGAAUAUCCCGGCGCAGACAGAGCCACCGGUCCAAAAGCCCAUUAAAGCUCCCGACGUCGUAAGCUCAGGCAAAGGACCAUGGAUGCCACUUGCCGUCACCAACAUGCCGUCGCUCUCCGCCGACAUCAAAUCGAAGAUCCCACCUCCGAAAGAGAUGGUAUCCUUCUCACUUGACUUCCUCCUCAACGAGUUCGGCGGCGAGAUGUGGUCUCCAGGCCUCAUGUUUGUCCCGCCCGUUCCGCCAUCCCCAUGCCUUCUCAAGAACCGGACCUACUACACGCUCUCCGCAACCCACGAACCUUACCUCCCUCAAGCACCCGGCGAGAACGGAGCCAAGCUCACCGCCUUCUUCAACAAGAAUCCCAACGAAUUUUACGAUAUGGACUCGCAAACUUCCUUCGAUGAAGUCCCUUUGUUUGUCUGCCAGGCUCCAUGGGCAGCACAGGAGAACCCAAGCAACAAAUCCCGAUAUAUCUACAUGGGACACUACUCCCAGACGCGCUGGAGCGACAAGCUGGACUACGAUCGCAUGGUCGAGCACGUGCCUCUCGCAGUCAAGCAGUACUGGGCUCGGGAGCUGGCGGCUGCCGGUCGCCCGGAGUGGGUGACGGAAGCUCUUCGAGAUCAUUUCUUCCCCAAGCCUGUCUACGAGGGAGACUUACCGGUGCCCAUCGUGGAGGGUAGCGUUGCCGCGGAAGAGCAGGAAAAACAAGAUAAGCGGGUCAAGAACCAUGUCGAUAACUACAUCAAGGAGCUGGCGGCUUGGAAGAAGGACGCUGAGAUGAGAACGAGAUUGAUCAAGGAGGAUUCCAUUCUCCAGGCCUUCGACUCGGCUGAUGCUGAUGACCCGCCAGCUCUCCGUCUCUGGUGGGAGUACCUCCAGUGCGUGAGCUGGGACACUCAAUUCUACAGCGCCAUCGUCCAGCUCCAGAGCCGCAACCGAAGCUACGAUCCCAAAUGAGCGGUCAUCGCUCCACCAAAUCUAAGAUCACAUCUUCACUGACCAAGGUCACUACUGAGUCUCAAUCCAUCUGCAGGGAUUCGUAACAUAAAAGUUUGCCAUUUCUUCCCUCUUUAUAUCUGGAAGAUCAUUUCACGGACAUCACUGGCGGUAUUUCUUUAUGCUUUUUUUACGUCACUACAGGGAAUUUUCCACAUUUAUCCAAUCGGGGCUGGGUGAUAUUUCACACUCAAUAUCUUCAGGCCAUGGAGGUUUCUCAUGGUCUUCCCAUCGAGUACAGAAAUAAACAUCUGCCCUACCUUCCCCUACUUUCUUCCCCAUCUUCAAUCUUACUUUCCAAGGGAACGGCAUCUAUCAUGAAAGCCUUUCUUCUUAUUUUACAUUCAUC